AUGGUGUCUGAGACGAAAGACGCACCUGCUGCUGCAUCGAGCACGUCGGGCUCCGAUAUCGAGGUCUUGACAGGCGUUGUUAAUGAGAAAAAGUUGAUGAGGAAGUUGGAUUUGAGAUUGCUGCCUGCGGUUUCCAUCUUGUAUCUUCUUAGUUUUUUGGAUCGUAGUAAUGUCGCCAACGCGCGCAUUGAAGGUCUUACUAAAGAUCUCAAAAUGACUGGGAAUCAGUAUCUCACUGGUCUGACACUGUACUUUAUCGGUUACGUUCUCUUUGAACUCCCGUGCAAUAUCAUUCUCAAGCGAACGACGCCGAAGUUUUGGUUGCCGACGCUUACGUUGGCUUGGGGAGUGGUUGCGACGUUGAUGGGUGUGACGCAGAACCGGGAGGGCUUCUUUGCUGUGAGAUUCUUUCUCGGUGUUACAGAGUCUGGGUUGUUUCCUGGUGUGGUGUAUUAUUUGAGCAUGUGGUAUAAGCGAAACGAGCGCCAAUAUCGCAUUUCGCUGUUUUUCAGUUGUGCUUCGCUGGCUGGCGCGUUCGGUGGUAUCUUAGCGUAUGGCAUCGCACAUAUGCGCAACGUCGGAGGAUACGCUGGAUGGCGAUGGAUUUUCAUCCUCGAAGGUCUAUUCACAAUCCUGGUCGCAAUCAUCGCGUACUGGUUCAUCUCAAAUUACCCCGACACUGUCAGUUGGCUCAGCAAAGACGAGCGAGCCUUCAUCCAAGCGCGUCUCAAAGCCGACAGUGACGCAACAAACGAAGAAGCGUUCUUAUGGUCUGAAGUUCUCAUCGCGGCCAAAGACGUCAAAGUCUGGCUUUACGCGUUCGCUUUCCAUACCAUGAGUCUGCCACUCUACACACUAUCUCUAUUUUUACCAACAAUCAUUCGCGACAUGGGCUACACAUCCGCCCAAUCCCAACUCCUCACCAUCCCACCCUACGCUGUCGCAACACUCUUCACCAUCUUCUGGGCCAUACUAUCCGAACGCUACGCCCGUCGCGCGCUCUUCAUCUUGGCCACCACGACCGUCGCCAUCAUCGGCUACAUCAUCCUACUCGCCAACACAGAUCCCAAAGCGCGCCCAGGAAUCUCCUACCUCGGAACUUUUUUUGCGGCAGUCGGUAUUUACCCCUCCGUUGCAUUGGUUCUCUGCUGGCCCGCCAUCAAUGUCAGCGGGCAGACGAAGCGAGCGACAGCGAAUGCCAUGCAGAUUAGUAUAGGUAAUCUGGGUGCUGUACUGGGUACUCAGUUGUAUCGCGCGAAUUCAGGGCCGCGGUAUGUGUUGGGGCAUAGCUUUGCACUGGGGUAUUGCUGUUUGAACUUGGUGGUUGUGGGGGCGUUGUUGGUGUUGCUGAAGAAGGAGAACAGAGAGAAAGACAAGGUGCUAUUGGAGAGGCCGGAGACAGGUGGGUUUCACGAUAGUGUUGAGGAUUUGAAGAUGGGGGAUCGGCAUCCUAGGUGGAGGUUUCAGGUUUGA